CCCCAACUAUCCUCCCCACAGAUCACCACUGCACAGAGCGAAGCAGCCAUGACAGAUGCAGUGAUCGGCGGCAGCUCGGAUCGCUGGGCGUCCAACGGCGGCCAGAGGAGCGUGCACACUAACGAUAAGGACCAGGCCAACUGGACCUCGCAGCCGGGUCAGGGAGCGACCCCUGACCUGACCGACGAGGAGAAGGAGAUCAUCAACAAUGUGAUCGCCCGGGCUGAGAAGAUGGAGGCCAUGGAGCAGGAGAGGAUUGGGCGUCUGGUGAACCGUCUGGACGACAUGAAGAAGACAGCGUGCGGGGACGGGGUCUCCCGCUGCCUGCUGUGCGGAGAGCAGCUGGGGAGCCCUGGGGUCAGCUCGGUGGUGUGUGAAGACUGCAAAAAGCACAUGUGCACAAAGUGCGGGACGCAGGCCGACAGUCGCCCGCGCUCCGUGUGGCUCUGCAAGAUCUGCAAAGAGCAGCGAGAGGUGUGGAAGAGGUCCGGCGCCUGGUUCUUCAAAGGCUUCCCCAAGCAGUUCCUGCCGUCGCCCAUGCCCAUCUCCAAACCCAAAGAGCCGAAGGAGGGGAAGCAGCCGCAGGCCGCCGCGGCCCGCGGACCCACGGCCUCGGCAGCGCGGGAGAAAUCAGCACAACCACAGCAGCAAGGUCAUCCCCAGGGGGCUCACGCUGAACCGACCGCAGGGCCAGAGCGGCAGAGCCGUACCGGUGGCUACCCCCCUGUGGCCCUGAAGCCGUCGGAGGUGCGGAUGUCCGCAGGUGGGGUCGGUGGGCCGGCCCAGGACAGCCCCGUCAUGAUGAAGAAGGCUAUGACCGUCCAGAGCUCCAGACCCCAGCCGGCUGCAGCCAUGGCCCAGCCAGGUCCGAUGGCGGGAGAGGCAGGGCCCUACUCCUCAGGCGGCGGCGGCUCUCUAGAGCAGAGAGCGCCCCCUGCGGUGCGGGAGGAGAGGAGGCAGCCGGUGGCCCGACAGCCACCACCCCCCGCGGAGGAAGACGACGACGCCAACGACAUCGAUUCCGACGAAGCCACCACACUGGGGUCUUUGGAGUUCAGCCUGCUUUACGAGCAGGAGAGCAGCAGCCUUCACUGCAGCAUCCUCAAAGCCAAAGGAUUGAAGCCGAUGGACUCCAACGGACUGGCGGAUCCAUACAUUAAGCUCCACCUGCUUCCUGGGGCUAGUAAGUCUACAAAGCUGCGCACAAAAACCCUGCGGAACACGCGCAACCCUGCAUGGAAUGAGACGCUAACAUACCACGGGCUGACGGACGAGGACAUGCAGCGCAAAACCCUCAGGCUCUCCGUGUGCGACGAGGACAAGUUCGGGCAUAACGAGUUUAUCGGAGAGACCAGAGUGGCCCUGAAGAAGCUGAAGGUCAACCAGAAGAAGAACUUCAACGUGUGUCUGGAGAGAGUGGUUCCUAUGAAGAGGACUGGCACAGCCGGUGCAACCCGCGGCAUCUCUCUCUACGAGGAUGAGCCGGGGAAGGACGGCAGCGAGGUGGAAGAGCGCGGGAGGAUCCUCAUGUCCCUGAUGUACAGCACCCAGCUGAACCGCCUGCUGGUAGGGGUGGUGCGCUGCGUCCACCUGGCAGCCAUGGACGCCAACGGCUACUCUGAUCCCUUUGUCAAAAUAGUUCUGAAGCCUGAUAUGGGCAAGAAAGCCAAGUGCAAAACCCAGAUCAAGAAGAAGACAUUGAACCCAGAAUACAAUGAGGAAUUCAGCUAUGAUAUCAAACACAGUGACCUAGCCAAGAAACAAUUAGAUAUCUCUGUGUGGGACUACGACAUUGGCAAAUCCAACGACUACAUUGGUGGAUGCCAGCUGGGCAUCACUGCCAAGGGAGAGAGGCUGAAGCACUGGUAUGAGUGCCUGAAGAACAAGGACAAGAAGAUAGAGCGCUGGCACACCUUGUACAACGAGAACCACGUCAACAGUGAUUAACCAGUCACCGAGCAUCGGGAACAUGCAUGAGUCAUCUAACCAUCUCCCCCGUUUCCCCUCGAAACACUUGGGAAUCUGUCGCAUUUAGCCUUUCUUUCCUCCUCUCUUUUUGUGCUCUCAACCAGCCCCUGGCACUUCCCCCCCCCCACGUUUAAGAAGUUAUUUCCGAUCUUUAUCUUCACUGUAUCCCCUUCCUGUGCUCAGACUGCGAGUCUGCCCGUGGAACGUUUACGAUCAUUAUUGCAAUCGAAUAAGUAUAGACUC